UUCCAUCUGGACGUCUCCGAUCAUUUCAAUCCCUGCCCCGGUCAGCCCGUCACUCUCUCUCUUCUGCCCGUCAUUUUUCCUCCAUUUUAAAACCACUCUUCUCCUCCUUCCUCUCAUCUUCCAUUCUUUCUCUCUCCUAUUCAAUCAAGAUUAUUCAUUCGUUUCUGAAGAUUUUUUCUAAUGGCGGGGAUGUGUUGUGGUAUUAAAGUUGGAGAAAAUGAACCGGCUUCACCGGUUGAACCGGUGGCCAGAACUGCACGAAGAAGAAGGUUGGAGAUGAAAAAGCUUAGGAUUAUUUCUGAUAUCGCUGAAACUACUUUUCGGAUUAAGCGGAGGAAAGUUGAAGAUCAGGAGGUGAAGUUUGAUGAUCAAUUUCAAAUCGUACCGCCGCGUGAGUGUGAAAAUGUUAUUGAAAAUGAUUUGUUGAUGAACAACGAGAAAUCUGUAAAAAUUUCUGUUGAUGAUUUUCCUAAGUUUGGUGUUACUUCUGUUUGUGGUCGAAGAAGAGAUAUGGAAGACGCCGUUUCUAUUCGUCCUUCGUUUUGUAAAAAAGAUGAGCUCAAUAAUCAUGGAGAUUUUCACUUUUACGGCGUUUUUGACGGCCAUGGCUGCUCUCAUGUAGCGAUGAAGUGUAAAGAAAGGAUGCAUACAAUAAUCAAGGAGGAGAUCGAGAAAAGAGUUGAAAAAGAAGAGUGGAGAGAGACGAUGUCUCAAAGCUUCAAAAAAAUGGAUAGAGAAGUUGAACGAAUUUCAAACAACCUAGGAGCUUCUACAUCUACAAGCUGUCGAUGCGAACUCCAAACUCCUCGUUGUGACGCCGUUGGAUCUACCGCCGUUGUAGCCGUCGUCACUCCAGAGAAAAUCGUUGUAUCGAACUGCGGCGAUUCUCGCGCCGUUCUUUGCCGCAACGGCGUCGCCAUCCCUCUAUCCUCCGAUCACAAGCCAGAUAGACCGGAUGAAUUGAACCGGAUAGAGAAAGCUGGCGGUCGAGUGAUAUACUGGGACGGUCCAAGAGUACUUGGAAUGUUAGCCAUGUCAAGAGCAAUUGGAGACAAUUACCUGAAACCAUACGUGAUACCUGACCCGGAAGUAACCGAAACAGAUCGAACACCUACAGAUGAUUGUUUGAUAUUAGCGAGUGAUGGGUUAUGGGAUGUGGUAUCCAAUGAAACAGCUGCAGCCGUGGCUAGAAUGUGCUUGGUUAACGCCGAGAAAGCGCAAUCACUGCCUCGAUCUAUCGGGAACCAGGCGGGAGAAGCGGCAAAUAGGGAAAGCUCCGAUAAGGCGUGUUUGGAUGCUUCGAUUUUGCUGACGAAGUUGGCUUUGGCGAGGCAAAGUGCCGAUAAUGUUAGUGUGGUUGUAAUUGAUCUUAGGAGGUAAUUCAACAAAUGAUGAUCAAUUGAGGGGAUUAGGAUAUUAAAAUUUAGUUAGUUUUUUCUUAAAUUUGAUUUGAUUUAAUUUGAUUUAAUGUUAUUAUGUUGGGAAAAGGUGUAAUUUCCUCGUAUUGAAGGUUACAAAAGGAAUUGGCCUUAUGUAAGGAGGAAAGGGCAAGAGUAGCAUAAUGGAUUAAUGGUAUAGGAAAAAAAGGAAUUUAAUUAAUUUAGGAGGGAAUGAGGGAUUCUACGGUUAUGGUUAAUCCAAAUUGUAUAAAGUAAAAUCGUAGGGAUUAAUUUGUAUCAAAUUUAAUUUUAAUCUGAUUGUGCCAAUUACUUAA